AUUGGAUAAUCUCAAGUCCAUACUAUCCAAGAUGGCAAUAGGAAGUGUGUGAUUGUUGGUGAAAGAACAAGUUACAUUCAAAUAGAAAUCUGUUUUUAUAGCUUUAAAGGAUUUUGUAUAGCGCAACCUGUGGUGUAAAGUAAUAUCAUAAAAUGGGGAAGGGCUUUAAUAAUUAUAUGUGCAAGAAAUUUUUUCAUCCAGCGUCCAGAGACAAUCUGAAAAGGGUCUGGAUGGCAGAGCAAAAGGCAGAGUCGUAUAAAAAGAAGCAAGAAGAAUUGCGAGUUCAAUAUGAAAAGGAACAAGAUUUGUAUACAAAUAAGGCAAUACUGAGUAAGGAAAGCAAGGAUAAGCUGAGUGUAAAUUUCAUGUAUGAGCCGCCACCUGGUACGAAGAAAGAACGAGAAAGAGAAGAUGAUGAACCCGAAUAUAAAUUUGAAUGGCAGCGAAAAUUUAAUGCACCAAGAGAGGAUUACUGCAAAGGUGAUUCAGAAAUCAGGGAUCAACCAUUUGGCAUCCAGGUUCGCAAUGUGCGGUGCAUCAAGUGUCACAAAUGGGGUCACAUUAAUACAGAUAAGGAAUGCCCGAUGUAUAAUCAGGCAUCAAGUUCAGACCAGGCAGGUCCUUCAUUGGAUCCAUUGAUUCUUGUCCAACAGAUGAGAGAGGAUGGUCUUGCUAUGAAGAGGAGUGCUCUUAGUAUUCCACAGCAGACGAGAUUCUCUAGAAAUCAGGACCUUAUUCCAAGUGAAGAUGAAGAUGAGGAAUCAAAAAAGUCUGAAAUAGAAGUCUUGAAGUCUUUAUCAGUGAAGCAGAAACAAAGGCUGCUUAGGAAACUUGACAAACUCUUGAAGAAGAACAAGAGGAGAAAAUCCAAGAAGAGGAAAAUGAAGAAGUCUAAACAGACAUUGAAGGAUGGUGAGAGUGGUGACUCCAGUUCAAGUAGUGAAACAUCUAAGGAAGAAAUUAAAUCACAUAAGGAGAAAAGGAGAGUGAAGAAAGACAAAAAUAAACAAAGAGAAAGGCAUUACAAAAACAUAGUAAUCAAAAAGGAAUAAUCAACAUUGAGCAGUGCAUCAGUCACAUAAUAAGACUCUGGAUAAAGUUCAUGGUCGAAGCAUUGAUUUUGCUGGUCACCUGAGUAUGCACGAAUGGCAUCAAGCAACUUGUAAGAGAACGUCUAAUGGGGAUUAUAGGAAGACUGUCAGACUGAAGGUAAGACAGGAUAGAUUUGUAAAUGAAGAUAUGCACAGCAGUGAACUCUCAGAGACAUAAAAAGGACAGGUGAGGAAAGUGAUUUUUCAGGUGGAAAGAAACACAGACAAUACAAUUUACGUUGCUCUUCAUUGUGUAUGAUAGAAAUUACAUAUUCUUGUUGUAUCUUGUAAAAAUGUAAUAAAGGAGUAUAUGGAUGUUAAAA